AUGACUGCCAGACGGCAUGUCGUCAGCCACCUAUAUGACGCCAGAGCGGGUCCUUUUACUGUAACAAUAUGGCUGCCUUCUGUAAAGGCAGGAGCCGGUUUAAACGUGUACUGCUCCAACAAACUUUAAUAAGAAACUUAACAGGGAAAUUUGACUAUGAUCUCGUGGUUAUUGGUGGUGGUUCUGGGGGCCUGGCGUGUUCAAAAGAAGCCGCUCAGUUUGGGAAGAAAGUUGCCGUCCUCGACUAUGUCGAACCCUCUCCAAAAGGCACGAAGUGGGGUCUUGGUGGAACCUGCGUGAACGUUGGUUGUAUUCCUAAGAAACUCAUGCACCAGGCUGCUUUACUGGGAACAGCUGUGAAUGAUGCCAGGAAGUAUGGAUGGAACAUCCCUGCUCCUGUAUCACAUGACUGGCCCACUAUGGCUGAGGCUGUACAGAAUCAUGUGAGGUCCCUCAACUGGGGCCACCGUGUCCAGCUACAAGACAAGAAAGUGAAGUAUUUUAACUUGAAAGGCAGUUUGGUGGACGAACAUACCAUCAGAGGAGUUAGUAAAUCGGGGAAAGAGACGGUCCUGACGGCGGCUAACGUUGUGAUCGCGACGGGAAUGAGGCCCAAGUUCCCCGCCGACGUCCCGGGGGCAGUGGAACACAGCAUUAGCAGCGAUGAUCUCUUCUGGCUCAGAGAGUCUCCGGGGAAGACGCUUGUGGCCGGUGCCAGCUACGUGGCGCUGGAGUGCGCGGGGUUUCUGACGGGCAUCGGACUGGACACCACCGUCAUGGUGCGCAGCAUCGCCCUCCGGGGGUUCGACCAGCAAAUGGCGGGUCUGGUGACAGACUACAUGGACUCUUACGGCACUAAGUUCUCCUGGGAGUGCGUUCCCAACAAGGUGGAGAAGCUGGCGUCGGGGGCGCUGCAGGUGACGUGGGAGGACCCGGGUUCCAGGGCCGAGGCGAGCGACACCUUUGACACGGUGCUGUGGGCCAUAGGCAGAGCCGCCGAAACCAGAACGCUCAACCUGGAGAAGGUCGGCGUGGCGCUCGAGGAGGACUCCGGCAAAGUGAUCGUGGACGACUGCGAAGCGUCGUCUGUGCCCAACAUCUACGCCAUCGGAGAUAUCGGGGAGGGUCGUCCUGAACUCACCCCCGUCGCCAUUAAAGCUGGGAGGCUUCUUGCCCGAAGACUGUUUGGUGCAUCGAGGGAACUCAUGAACUACAACAACAUCCCCACCACGGUGUUCACCCCGCUGGAGUACGGCUGCGUGGGGCUGUCUGAGGAGGAGGCGGAGAGACGGCACGGGAAGGACGCCAUUGAGGUCUACCAUGCCUUCUACAAGCCCCUGGAGUUCACCGUGGCAGAGAGAGAUGCCAGCCAGUGUUACAUUAAGGCGGUGUGUUUGAGAGAGGGAGACCAGCCCAUCCUGGGACUGCACUUCACUGGCCCCAAUGCUGGAGAGGUCACACAGGGAUUUGCCCUGGGCUUCCAGUGUGGGGCCACCUACCGCCACCUGCUGGCCACGGUGGGGAUCCACCCCACCUGUGCCGAGGAGGUGAUCAAACUGAACAUCACCAAGCGCUCUGGCCUGGAUCCCAUGGUAACGGGCUGCUGAGGUUAAGCCCCUCCCUGAAGCCCUGAGCACACAGGAAGCUCCGCCCCCACCUCGUUACUGAGCGCUAGUGCUCUCCGCCCUCCGUCAUUCUACUGAACACCAGCCAUGUUAAUACCCUCCCAAAUCUGCCCUCCCCCACCCCCCCCCCUUCCCCAGCACCCUACUGAACACCAGCACAGCUAACACGCUAAUCUCAGCGCUUAGCUUUUCCCCACGAACGUUUUUUUUUAAAUCCGUGCGGCUGGCGCAGUGUAAACCUGAGAUUUGCAUCACUUUCCGAGACAGAUUAUCAGCCACUUCCUCCGCUUGCGUUCAUGAGCAAAGACCGGAAUAUCGCCCAAAAUUAGGGCCCCUAAGUUUAAAAAAAAGGAACCAGGAAACCGCAAACAGGAGGGCCUUGAUAAACAGGCCCAUAAAUCAG